AUGCGCUAUUGGGGCCGCCUUGUACUUACUAUAUUAUUAAGACUUGAUUAUAUWGCAAAUCAAAACGAUUUGCUAGCUGAUGAGAAUGUCUAACUAAUCGAGAACAACUUGUCUCAUAAUGACAGAGCAAAAUAAACAACAUUCACAGCUUAAGGAUGAGAUAUUUCUACACUUGGGCGCAUGCUUUAAAUUCUGUAUUCUUAGUGUUCUACCCUGGUUUUUUGGAUAUUAUCAUCUGAGCUUCGCAUGGAUCAUCCUUUUGCUGUCAAUUGGGGCAUUUCUUCAAUCUGGACACCUCUUAACGCAAAAGAAAAAGAAAUUACACAGGCUAAUAAAGGAGGAAGACGAUGUUAAGGAGAUUUGGCCUAGCAUGCCAUCAUGGAUUUACUUCAGCGAAGAAGAACACGCUAUGUGGCUCAACAAAAUUCUCGAUCAAAUGUGGCCCUACGUUGAAGACAUGGUUGAAGACAUCCUUAAAAAAUGCGUCGAGCCUGCAGUUCAAAGUUACCUCCCAGCUCCGCUGCAGUGCUUGUGCUUUGAAAAAAUCUCCUUAGGGCAGACUCCACUGUACAUCACAAACAUACGCACCUAUCACGUAUGUACGUCUAAGAGAGACGACGAGUUCAUCAUGGACCUUGAUGUCGUUUACAAUGGAGAUGCACAYUUUGUUUUAGGAAUUAAAAAGGUGAAACUCGGGGUUUCCGAUUUGGAAAUCCACGGCCCCUUGCGCGUGAUAUUUAAGCCUUUAGUUUCAGACUACAACCCAGUGGGAGGAAUUAGUGUGUUUUUCUUAAACCGACCAAAAGUAACCUUUGAAUUGACAAACUUGCUAAGUGUGUUGGACAUACCUGGAAUCAAGGAAUUGUUGCUUGAUAUCGUACAAGAUGUUUUGGCCUCAUUUGUUGUACUACCCAAUAGAAUCUCUGUACCACUUGCUCUUAAUGUAGACUACGGUGAUUUACAAUACCCUAUCCCAGACGGUGUCUUACGCGUCGAGAUUGURGAAGCCAAAGAUCUARUCAAGGCUGACAAGGCUUUAAUAGGCGAGGGAAGCUCAGAUCCUUAUUGUAUCGUUGAAAUAGGGGCACAGAAGUUCCGCACYAAGACUAAAAAGAGUAAUUGCAAUCCUGUAUGGAAAGAGACCUUUGAAGCRUUCAUCGACAACACAGAAGGRCAACAACUAUUUGCCAGAGUUUACGAUGAGGAUGUCGCUAGUAAAGAUGAAGAAAUCGGCCAUGUUGACUGUAAAGUCUCGCAGACCAUUGAAAAGGGUACAUCUGAUAUGUGGCUUGCUCUCCAAGGAGUUCAGGAAGGCCGCAUUCGCAUGAAGUUAAAUUGGUUUACGUUGACAGUCAAUCCUGAAGAUGUACGUCAAGCUACACCUGUGAACCCGACUGUGGCUGCCCUUUUUGUUAAAGUGAUCAAAGUCAUCGACCUGCCAGCUGAUUUGAAGGACGAAGCCAAUCCCAAACUUUUAUUUUGUAAUGUCCGUGUUGGCAAGGCAACGCAUGAUACAUAUACUGCAUAUAGUACGACUCCAACAUGGGAUCAAAGAAUGCGGUUCCUUAUAAGCAACCCUCGCACUGAAAGCGUUCGUAUUCACYUGAUGGAGGGCGAUAAAAUACUGUGCCAUGUUAACUUUGAUAUCAAGCGAAUUGAAAACGUCCCUGGCAUGGCUCACGAAGGUGCAUUUCCUCUUACUGGACCAGGCUUCGAGAAAAGUGCUUUGAAGUGUCGAGUUGAGCUACGAGCGUUGAAGGCACUUGAUGUUUGUUCUUCUGAAAAAGAGGAAGAAAAAGCUACAGAUUCACCKCCGAACAACAUCACACGGAACAACCUUGGUGCAAGUCUGCCAGCACGUCUCGACUCAUCCACUCUCAAUCCGUCUGAAGAUGGAGUGGAUUGCGAUCGACUGCUUUAUAGAAAGGUUGCGUCAAGUGCAUCGAUGGCAGGCAGCAGCACUUCAGAAAUAUCCAUAUCACCCGAACCAUCAUCAGAAAUGUUAUCCAUCAAGGGUGAAGUUCAGAUAGCAUUAAGGUAUGAUCACACKAAAAGCGUGUUUGUAGUCGUUGUAAUACGAGCGAAUAACCUAAAGUCACGGUAUACAGCCGGCAAGACAAGCCCAUAUAUAAGAUUAUACCUUCUGCCUGAAAGAAACAACAAUUCGCGACGGAAGACAAAGGUGAUCCGUGGGAGUCURAGUCCGGUAUUUAAUGAAACAUUCCAGUAUGAGGUUAGUUUGGAUGAGCUUAAAGAUAAGGAACUUGACCUUUCAGUCAAGAAUGCUCGAGGUGGACUGCGCAUACGCAAAGGACGUAAUGUAAUYGGUCGAACAACUAUACCACUGUCAGAGCUAACUUUGUCCUCGGGGGUUACAGUUACUUAUGAACUYCAUUAAUUAAGAAAUGAAACUAAAAUAGAAUGAAUAAGUACCGACCAAAUAGUGCUAAAUAGCGCAGCAUAGUAUAGAUUCGACAAKAGCAAACAAAGAAAUUCGUAUAAUUCAGUACAUUUAGCACUGUUUAAUUAGUGUGUMGUUAGUCUUUAGUGCAAUUCGUUUUCAAGUUACGUCACAGCGGCCAUCUUGGAGGAACUUCAACAAAGGUUUCUCAUUAGUAUCUAUUGUUCAUUCCUCCAACAUGGCCGCCGGUCUUUUAUCUUUUGAAUCUCAUGGGAGAUCAAUACGCAUAAAAUGUUACAGCAAAUCAACAAUAAUUUCAAAUGAUAUCUUAUAAAACAUGGAAAUAUGAACUCUGCUGCCGGUUUAAUUGUCGAAUCACUAGGUUUACAUUACGGAUACCRACUUAAAAUGACAGGUACGUUCCACAAAAAAUSUACARUGAUACAAUUGUACCACUGAAUUAAUUUUUACCACAGAUAAUAAAUAUACG